AUGUCGUAUUACGACAUUGAUUCCAUUCUCACAGACGCAGAGAAAAUCCCAUGCACCUUCCAGCUCGAUGUCCCUGACCUCGGCUAUCUCGACAACACUCCAACGCAGCCGCUGAAGGUUGGCACCAGAGUCAACCUACCGCUAUGGCUGGCUGAAAUGCUUGUCAUUGCCAACUCGGGGGACAUCGAAGGCAGGCCGUUCGUGACUUUCGAUCUGCCCCCAGCCCUUGGCAACGACGUUGUGCAGGCCCUGAAGGCCGACCCGCGUGCCGUACCGUUACGUGACCAAAGCCCGCAUUUCUACGGAUUGGCUGCACGUCUCAUGGAGUUGCUCGAUGAGAAGGAACUGGCUACCGUCCUCCGGAAAACAUUUGUCGUCCGCGCCUCCGAGAUCGCGUUGCAUGCUCGCAAAGUGGGCGGUCCCGGACAUCACAAAGGCAAGAACCCUGCCGAGGAAGGAAGUAACCUCGGAAUCGGCGGUGCCGGCGAGGACUUCCUCAGGGGGCUUGACGAGUCGGAGCGGGGGCUAUUUCGCAAGGCGCAUGACGGGGCAAAGUCCGGAAAGGAGUGGAUGGAGAGCAUCAAGAAACAUUGA